UGCGUGAUCGACUUUAUUCCCGUGCCUAUGAUUGGAUUAGCUUCAGCCCGUAUAUCCAGAUCUUUGAGAAAUUUGAUUUACUAAAUGGCUUAAACGUGUUGAUAUCGUUUCUGCAUAACUUGGGAAGCGUUGAAAGUGUCAUUUAAACAUUAGCUUGUAAAAUAUUCAUUUAUAUUUUAUCACAGCCUGUGUCAUUUCUUUAGGAGAGGUCUUUACUUUGAAAGAUUUUACCGGAUGAUGUAGUUAGUGAGUGAGAGGCUAGCUUGAUAACGGUGGAUGCUGUAGCCCGUUUGGCUGUCGGAGCCGCUCUCCUCCUGUACUCAGGAGAACGAUAACUACUGUACUGCAUAGUGAUGGAUAAUGCUCAUACUAAGACGGUGGAGGAGGUUUUGGGGUUCUUUGGUGUAAAUGAAUCUACAGGUCUGAGCUGUGAGCAGCUGAAGAAGAACAGAGAGAGAUGGGGACCCAAUGAGUUACCAGCUGAAGAGGGGAAGUCCCUGUGGGAGCUGGUGGUGGAGCAGUUUGAGGAUCUCCUGGUUCGAAUCCUGCUGCUGGCUGCAUGUAUCUCAUUCACCCUGGCAUGGUUUGAAGAAGGUGAAGGGACGAUCACAGCCUUUGUCGAACCUUUCGUCAUACUCCUCAUCCUCAUUGCAAAUGCUAUCGUGGGUGUAUGGCAGGAGCGUAAUGCAGAGAACGCCAUUGAAGCUCUGAAGGAGUACGAGCCAGAGAUGGGCAAAGUGUACCGACAGGACAAGAAGAGCGUCCAGAGAGUCAGAGCCCGAGACAUUGUUCCUGGAGAUAUUGUGGAAGUGGCAGCUGAAGUGGCCCAGACUGUGUACGUGUUUGCAGUGCAGUCGAGUGCAGCACUGCAGUGA